AUGACUCUUGUGUUGAGUGAUAUACCUGAAGAGGAAUUAAAAACGUUUCGCUUCGUACUGAAACUUUGGAUCGCUACAAACGACCCGUCGGUUAACUAUUUAAGGUGGAACCGCGAUCGAACUGUUCUGAUCGCCAACAUAUUGGAGCUGAUGCAUAUAUUCUGCGCGAGCACAGGCAACAUCUUCAUUUGCGAAACUCCCGAGAAAUUUAUCUGGCUGAUGUACAAACACGGCUUCGAUAGAUGUAUUCCGCAAGUGUUGGAGGAGUCAGAACGUAGAGGAAUCACGCCAGAAUGUAUGCUCUUUGUGCAUCCGCAGUUUAUUGGCAGCAAUUCCGAAAUGUUUGACGCAUGGAUAUCGUUUCCUGGGGUGAGAGUGCAAGAUAAAACUGCACAAAAAGGAAGCUGCACGUUACCAUCCAUGAUGCAAUUUAUGGUAAGAGAAAACAUUGCGGAAUUUGCCGAGCUCAGGAUGCAAGUAAUGUUCAUGGUGACGAACUUGCAAUCGAAGUUAUGGGAACCAAUGUGCGGACGAGAAAGUGCCUCCAUAGAAAUACCCCAACAGUUUGUAGACUACCCAGAGAUGGACAUGCCCGAUUAUUUUCAAACGCAAGAAAUCGGAGGUAACUACGGUCCGGUGUCUGUAGACGACUUGAGGCAAUGUCUUGGCGACCUACUACCCAGGUUCACAACUGACGAAGAAUCUGUGAAUGCCACUGAUGUACUGGAGGAAGUAGAAGUGUUCGAAGAGAACGAGGUAUCGCAGGUUAAUGACGUUGUUUACAUUGCCCAAGAACCUGGUGCAAAUGAAGUUGAGGUACCCGUAACCCAGCAGUUUAACGAUUUGCGUGAGCUGUAUGAAAACGUCGAUAUCUGGACAGAUGCCGACAGCAAUCUGCUUGAGUAUCAUGAGGAAUACAACAUAGCUGACGAAACAACGCAGGAGGUCAUGAAUGAGAGUGUGGAAGCGGACGCUGUUGAGAUAUCAUCCGAAUCGGCAGAGAGUUUAGCAGAAAUGGAUGAUAAUAUGGCUGUAAACCUGACGAAAAGCAUGCGGGCGUGCCUUCUACCAAUUGAUUUCGAAUAG